GAGAGAGAAAGAGUCCAUGUGAGCUCACACAUGUGCCACCACAUACUGCCGGCACAGUGGGACGAACAUCGUGAGAGUUUGAACGUUCUCCUGUCGGGAAGAGGAGGAGCAGAGCAGAAGUGUGAAACAGAUCAACUGCAGGUGGAGAGCAGCUUGUAAACCGUCAUGGCUCCCAGCUUGUCACAGGCAUACAGGAGGAGGUGGUGGAUGGCCAUCACAGCCAUCGUAGAGAACCUGCUGUUCUCUGCUGUGCUGCUGGGCUGGGCCUCGCUGCUCAUCAUGCUGAAGAAGGAAGGCUUCUAUUCUCACCUUUGCCCUGGAAACGAGACUGCGGACACGAAUGCGACUUUCAUGCAGGGCAACGAUUGGAAGAGUUGUGUGGAACAAGAGGAGAUACUGAAUCUCGGCUUCACCAUCGGAUCCUUCCUCUUGAGCGCAGCCACAUUACCCCUGGGGAUCUUGAUGGACAAAUAUGGGCCACGACCACUGAGACUCAUUGGCAGUUCAUGUUUCGCAGCCUCCUGCGCCAUAAUAGCUGCUGCUGCGUAUGACCCUGAAGUCCUGUCGGGCCUCAUCUUCCUGGCUGUGUCCUUGAAUGGUUUUGGAGGAAUCUGCCUGACCUUCACUUCACUCACAGUACGAUUUCCACUCACACACUCACGCACACACACACACA